UGUGUCGUCAUUUGAAAACCAUCCCUUUACUCUUACCACAUGUCCAACAGUGAAGAAUCAAACAUUUGGUAUUCAUCUCAGAGUGCAGGGAGACUGGACCUCGAGAUUUUCUCAGCUGCUGCUUCAACAGUCGAACAGCGCCGAGAUCCUUCCCAUGAUGCAACAGAGGAGAUAUCCCACAGUGCACGUGGAUGGUCCGUUUGGCAGCCCGUCAGAGGAGGUGUUUAAUUAUGAGGUCAGCCUGUGUGUGGCGGGAGGGAUCGGAGUCACGCCGUUCGCUUGUGUUCUACAGGCGCUCUUUGAUGACUGGCAUCAGUAUAAGUUGAGGAGGCUGUAUAUCGUUUGGGUCUGCAGGGACCUUCAGUCUUUCUAUUGGUUUGCUGAUCUAUUGUGUGGCCUUCAUGAGAGGGAA